UAACCAAUGAAAUAAUAGCAUUGACGUCUCAAGAUCGUGCUUAAGAUGGGUCUUAAGUAAAAUUCGACUAUGAAUACCGGCCUUAAAAUAAGACUCAAAUAUGAAUACCGGGCUAUGAAUAUUGGUCAGGUAUUCAAUAACGACAAGAUUACAAGAUCACCUUAAUAUUUAUAUACGUCCUCCUGACCUUGGCAACAUCAAAGUCAAAAUCAUAUUUUUUCCAUUAUUAAUAUCCUAUCUACAAUUUUCAUCUGAAACAUUUUUCCAUAUCUAAAUCUAAAGCCAUUUCCGAGACUUAGGAAAUAAGUUAGUAGAGACGCUCUGUUUAAAAAUAAAAAUAUUAAUUUUUUUCCAGUUUACACUAUUUUAAUUAUAACAUAAUAUAAAAAUCAAAUAAAGGCAAACGAGCAUUGAGAACGCAGUACUUAUAUCCAUAAAUAUACUUAUAUUUUCAUAAUAACUCUUCAAAAUUGACGAAUUAGCUUUUUAAUACAAAAGGUUCUAUAUUUCUAAAAAAUUAUUAUUGCUUUUCACAUUUUUACUCCUUCAGAAAUACAGAAUCGACCACCUAAAUCUAUAUUUAAAUCCAAAAGUUUGAUUAUUUCAAUCAGUAGUAGAACAAAAAUAUACAUUGCAACGAAUAUGCUCAGAUCAUAAAAUGUUAACAUAUUUAAUUGUAAAAGCAUUGUUAAAAUUCGGAUUGUCAGAAUAAGUAUAAACGUGUCAAAACCUAUAAAAAAUAACAUAACCGUGUUUCACUUUUAAUCGCGCCGCUUGCUUUUAUCUAAUUUUGUAAAAUUCCAAGAGUCUAUUUUAAAAAUAGUUAUACAUUUAUUUUGAUACUUACUAAAAUAUUAUUUUCAAUACUUUCUUCUCACCUUUGAUUUAAUAAUAAUCAAAUUAUAUUGAUAAUCUGUAUCAAUAAUAAAGACAAACCGCGGCCAUAAACAAUCUGUCAACAAUAAAGACAUCAUCCAAACGGCUAUAAAAUUUCUAAAGCUGUGUUCGCAAACGCUAGAAAUAAAAACCUUUGAUUGGUUAAUUCUCUUAUGCGUUAUACAUUAGGCUAACAUUUCAUGUAUCGUACGACAAGUUAAUUAGACUUUUCAAUUGGCGAUAAGAUAGAGCAUUUCUAGAAACUCGGAAAUCUCUCUAAUCUAUGACCAAUCGAAAACGUCCAAUCAGUUGGUCGUACAACACAUGAAAUAUUAGCUUUAUGCGUUAUGAAAAAAUCUGUGCCGGGCCCCAGAAAGUGAAAAGAUGGCGGUUAAUGAAGACGUAAUGUAAGUACAUCAUAUUGUUAAUAUUACAAAUAUUUAAGAAAUAUACACAUUCUUAGAUAUCUAUACUAAACUAAAGAAUAAAUUUAUUUUCAGAAUGAUGGAGACGGACUUGUCCGGAGACGAGAUAAUUGCACAUGCAGCUUCUGAAAUAGAGAAGCUGCAUGUGCAACAAACGACGAAUAUGCCGCCAACGGCGGCGGCGGUGGCAGGACCCUCGGCAUUGGCUCCGCCACCACCACCACCACCGCCGCCGACGGCGCCGACGACGUCGGCCCCACUACCUCUACCAUCGCCGCCGUCGACAUCGGCCCCACCAUCGUCGCAGUCGCCGUCGACAUCGGCCCUACCACCACCACCGCCGCCGACCUUACUAUCAACAAUACCGUUACCGCCGCCGCCACCGCCGAUGGCGACGGCGACGGCGACGGCGGCGGCGGCGGCGGCGGCAGCGGCGGCGUCAGCCCCACCGAUGUGGUGGGCCCCAUGGAUAUGGCCGUGGGGAAUUAUGUCACCGUCGACAUCGGCCCCACUAUCAUCGCCGCCGUCGACAUCGGCCCCACUACCAUCGCCGCCGUCGACAUCGGCCCCACCACCACCAUCAGCAUUGUUGCCACAGCAAUAUACAAGACCUCCUCGCUGGCAACGUGGAAAUAAAAAAUUUAAAAAAAGAGGCGGCGGGCAAAACCGCGGGAGAGGCCGUGGGAGAGGCCGUGGGAGAGGCCAAAACAUAUAUAUUACGUACCAAUAAAAAAGCACCUGUCCUGGGACAAAAACUCGCGCGCGUACAGUUGGCCGUGCCUCUUGAUAUAUUUUAAUUAACUGUAUUUUAACUUUUUUAAAUAAAUAUUAAGCAUUCACAUAAACACA